AUGGCUGUCGUAGGUAUAAAUGGAUUUGGUAGGAUAGGAAGAAUGUGUUUGCGAGCCCUUUUAGAGAAAAAUAUUCAAGUGAAUCUGAUUAAUGACCCUUAUAUUACGACCGAUUAUAUGAUAUAUCUUUUUAAAUACGAUUCUACUCAUGGGAUAUAUCCUAAAGCUAUAAUAUGUGAAAAUGGAUUUAUUGUUAUAGAUGGAAAAAAAAUAGCCACGUCACAGGAGAAAAAUCCGUCGAAAAUAAAAUGGAAGGAAAAUAAUGUAACAUAUGUGAUAGAAGCUACAGGAGUAUUUACAACAUUGGAGAAAGCAAGUCUACAUAUCGAUGGUGGAGCAAAGAAAGUGAUAAUUACAUCACCUUCGAUAGACGCACCUAUGUACGUUUAUGGAGUUAAUCAUAAAUGUUACGAUCCUAAAAAAGGAAACGUGGUUUCAGCAGCAUCUUGUACGACUAAUUGUGCAGCUCCCAUUGUUAAAAUUAUGAAUGAUAAUUUUGAAGUUUUAGAAGCUAUGAUAUCCAGCGUACACGCUGUUACAGCUAAACAGAAAACUGUAGAUGGACCGAUAAAUAAAUUAUGGAGAGAUGGAAGAGGAGCUUUACAGAAUAUCAUACCAACGUCUACGGGAGCUGCUAAAUCGUUAGCCAAAAUUAUUCCUUCUCUCAAAGAUAAAAUAUCUGCGAUAGCUUUUCGAGUACCAAUAGCUAAUGUUUCGUUAUGCGAUAUGACGUUUAGAAUUAAUAAACCAACUACGUAUGAUGAAAUAAAAGCAAUUAUGCAAAAAGAGUCCGAAGGUGAAUUGAAAGAUAUAUUAGGCUACACGGAAGACGAUUGCGUUUCAUCCGAUUUCAAUCAAACCAUUUAUUCCUGUGUAUUCGACGCAAAGGCUGGCAUUCCUCAAACGAGUACAUUCAUUAAAAUUGUUGCUUGGUACGAUAACGAAUAUGGUUACGCGUAUCGUGUCGUUGAUUUAAUUGUCUACAUGUACGACGUUGAUUCCGGUAAAAUUUCUCCACCGACCAAAUCUAUUUCCGAGGAUGACGAAUAA